CACAAAAUACAAUACGAACAAGCAACGAAAGACAAUCCAAAAAAGAAAAAGCCAGGUCGCCCGACCGCACAAACAUCUAUAACUCAAACGUUAUAUAACGCAACGCCAUAUCCAGACAGCUCACGAAGGCACAAAGAAAUAACGGAGGCUGUAACCUUUUUUUUGGCUAAAGAUAUGGCAUCGAUGAACACCGUUCAAAAUGACGGGUUCAAGCACUUGGUGAAAACGCUGGAUAAAUGAUACGAGAUGCCGUCUCGCAACUACUUUUCACGCACUGCACUGCCUGCUUUGUACUCCGAGACCAGAGCCACAGUCGAGACAGAACUGCAAGACGUCACUCACUUUCCUGCGACAACAGAUCUCUGGUCAAGUUGAACCAUGGAACCAUACAUGAGCCUGACAGUUCAUUUCAUCAGCAGUGAUUUCACCAUGAAAAGUCGGUGCUUACAGACGGCAUUCUUCCCAGAAGACCACACAGGUGACGAACUUGCAGUGGGAUUAAUGGAAAGUCUCAACUCCUGGAACUUGGAUCAGGAAAGGAUGGUGUGCAUCACUACAGACAGUGGAUCAAACAUCAUAAAAGCAUGCUCCAUUAACAAUUGGACAAGGCUCCAGUGUUUCGGACACAGAUUACAUCUGGCUAUAGGUAAGUCGAGUACAAUAACUCUAUCCCACAGUAAAAUCCUCUGUGCAUUUAAGUGAGUGUUGAAUUGUAUUAUUUAUCAAAAUUGUAUCACUCAACGUGUGUGUGCAUGUGUGUGUGUGUGUGUGUGUGUGUGUGUGUGUGUGUGUCACAUAUAUUUUAUCUAUUUCAGUCAGGCUGAAAUGAAUAAUGACAGGGUUCCCGUGCGGUCUUAAAAAGUCUUAAAAGUCUAAUAUUUUAGUAUUAGGUCUUAAAAAUGAGGUGCCAAGUUGCCACACUACUUUCAUUUCUUUUAAUGUUCAUUUUUCCCUCCUCUCUCUACCUCUAGAGAAUUCAAUGAAAGAUCCACGAAUUGCCCAUGCUAUGGGAGUCUGCAAAAAGGUGGUUAGCUGCUUCAGCCACACUUGGAAGCGGAAGCGAGAGCUUGCACAAGCACAAAAAGACCUCCAGCUACCUGACCACAAGCUAAAAACAGAGUGCCAGACAAGAUGGGGAUCCCGUCUGGCCAUGGUCAAGAGGAUCCUGGAACAGCAAGAGGCCAUUACACGUGUUCUCUGCCGGAACACUGACCGGAACCGGAACAUCAGCACUCACAUUCUGUCAUGGCAAGACAUCAUGGUUCUUGAGGUGAUCGACAAGACACUGACACCACUGGCCGAAUUUACAGAUGCACUAUCAGGAGAGCAGUAUGUUAGUGUCUCGUCUGUAAAGCCUGUCCUUGACCUCUUUGAAAAAUGGUUGAAAGUGGAGGACGACGACUCUGCACUCGCAUGCGACAUCAAAACAUCCAUCCUGCAGUACCUUCAGGAGAAGUACCAUGAUCCAAAGACGCAGGAGCUGCUCGACAUAGCUACAAGUCUGGACCCAAGGUACAAACUGGACUAUGUAAUCGACGAGGACACCAAAGCCACCAUUAAAGCCAGACUGAAGAAUGAGAUGAUGAACGUUUCUAUGGAGAGACCCACUCUCACCACAGCUUCCUCCAGUGUCACCAUGUGCCCCCCUGGUGGGAGGAAGAGAAAGGUUACCUUGGGCAGCCUUCUUAAAGCAGCAAAGGGGACCGAGGAAGCUCCUGCAGCUGUUCCUGAGGAGCAGCUGGUCGAAACUGAACUUGCUGGUUACCUGCUCCACAAACCUCUGGACGUAGAGAAUGACCCCUUGGAGUGGUGGAACACACACAAGGGACAAUACCCACGUCUGUCCAUGCUGGCCAGGAAAUACCUGUGCAUAACUGCGACCAGUAGCCCAUCAGAAAGGGUUUUUAGUACAGGGGAGAACAUUGUUACUUGCCAUCGUAGCUCCCUGAAGCCUCAAAACGUUGACAUGUUAGUGUUCUUAGCCAAGAACUUGAAAGUGCAGUAGAUGGAUAGUGUUGGCUCGGCUUGGGCUAAGUUUUUUUUUGUUUUUGUUUUUUUUUUAUGGAGUCAAGCCUAAGUUUAUGUUCUGUAUUUAUAUUCAGAAAAAUCAGUACUGCAAUAUUUUAGUUAAUCACUUGAUUCAGUGAGUACUGCACUUUAUUUUUAAGUUUACAUUUUGAGUGAUCUUGAUCUUGUUUACAUUGCAUGUUAUACCAAAUUGCACACACAUAUAAUAACAGAAAAAGAUGGUUAUUUUUCUAUUUAUUUUUGUUGAUUUUGUUCUUUUAUUUACAAGGAUUCAGUUUUAAGGUAUGAUGUAUGUGCCUUUUUAAGCCUCAGCAGUUGACUAAGGCUUCUUGUUCCUCGUUUUAAUUUUAUUAAUGUUCAAAAAAUUUUCAAUACAGUUUAAAGAAAAUAAAAAAAAUGUGGAAAAAAAAAUCGUGUGAGAAUCGUAGAUCUCAAUCUUUGUGGAGAAAAAUCGAGAUUCACAUUUUAGCAAGAAUCGCCCAGCACCAGCUGGACCGCAGAGUGAAGGCAAAGGGGCCAACAAGUGCUAAACACCUCUGGGAACUCCUUCAAGACUGUUGGAAAACCAUUUCAGGUGACUACCUCUUGAAGCUCAUGG